GCGCUCUGAUGGCGUCAGUGCUAACUUGCGUUAGCUUUGGGGUAAUUCUCCGGCGUCGCACGAGGAUUGUCCUCAUGUAUGACGACUGUUCGUGUUGUACAAAAGAGGUAGUGUCAUGGGGACUUCGGCGUAGUUAUUUGUUAACAUAAACGUUUGAAAAUUGUAUUUUCAAAAUACUACAAUGUAACCAGAUUGGGUGUGUGUAGCCUUUGCCGUAAAGCGCCCGCUGUCUGUCGCAAAAAUUAAAAACAAAAACUUGAGUGGAGUUGACGCUGUCGUGCCGUAACCUAAUUGGAAGGCGGAGCGAGAGAGGAGCACGGUGACGUCGCCAUAACGAGGAGCGAGCGCUGGGCGCUGGUGACGUCACCAGAAGGGGGAGGAGAGCGGGAGGGAGUGGUUGUGUCACUGCCUGCUCCAUCAGUGAGACAAGAAGAAGACACCAUCACACAAGUACACGAGACUGAUGCUGUUGCCGUGGAAACAAAGACAUGCAGAGAGCUUGAAGGCCCUUGGCAAGCGUCUGAUUGGAGCCAUGAUGGGCAAGGACUACAUGUUGGCUAUCAUCAUUGUCAACUGCGACGACAAUAUCUGGAGCGACCAGAACCUGCUGCUGGACCCGGACCUUCCCUCUGGCUGGAAGACCAUCCAAGACUCCACGGGAACCUACUACUGGCACGUGCCCACCGGCGCCACCCAAUGGCAGCACCCCCGACUCAACGGGACGCCCACGCAGCCGCAGCCUGACGCGCAGGAUGACCAAAGACCACAAGGCUUCAGUGCAGUCCCACCUGACACCAGGUCUCGGAGGGCGGACGACUCCUGUCGCCAUGACGACAACUCACAGUGUUUCUCGGUGCGCUCGCUGGGCUGGCUCCAGGUGGAGGAAGACGACUUGUCGCCGGGUCGCAGCAGUCUGGCGGUGGGCAACGUGAUCCAACAGCUGUCCCGCUGCGGACCCCCCGAGGAGCGAGACAGGCCGGGGCUCUUGAGGGAGGGGAGCGAGAUGAGGCUGCUUCUGAAGCGGGACACGCUAACUCUCCUGGACCCGGUAGACCACACCCUCUUGUACUGUCAGCCAAUCAUCAACAUCCGCGUGUGGGGGGUGGGCAGCAACAACGGCAGGGACAGGGACUUCGCCUUCGUGGCGGCCGAUAAGGACAGCUGCGUGCUCAAGUGUCACGUGUUCCGCUGCGACGCGCCCGCCAAGGCCAUCGCCGCCGCGCUGCAUCGCAUGUGCUCGCAGACGAUGUCCCAGCAGACGUCCCGCUCGCUCUCCACGGACAGCAUCUCUCCCGAAGACCUGCCUCGACAAGUGGAAUUCCUGGAGGCGGGGCUUCAGCGCGUCCACAAGUUUGACGUCGACUACGUCGGCAACCUGCCCGUGUCCCGCGCCAUGGGCAUGGAGGUGUUAAACUUGGCCAUUGAGAGCAUCAUGAACUCCACCCAACGCCACGAGUGGGAGGCCACCGUCAUCCACGUGACGGACAACUUCCUGUCUGUCUUCAAGCAGCAAGAAGGGGAGGAGCCAGUGUGGGCGUGUCAGGUGCGUUUCCUCAGCUUCCUGGGCGUGGGUCACGACAAUCGCACCUUCGCCGUCAUCGUGGACGGCGGCCGGCAGCGUUUCGAAUGUCACGUCUUCUGGUGCGAGCCGGACGCCGGCCUCUUGUCGGAAGCCGUCCAGGCGGCGUGCAUGGUUCAGUAUCAGAAGUGUUUGGUGGCUCAGACGCCGCCGCCCAGGAGCCGGCUGUGGCACGCCACCGCGCCCAAGGUUAAACGCGCCAACUCCAUGGACGGCGCCACUUUCCACGGCGGCGGCAACGGCGGCGUGUCGCCACGGAAGGGAAACGGCGGCCACGGCGUGGGCGUUCGCAGGGGCAUGAUGGCGUUCUUCGACACCUUCCGGAACAAACAGGCUGCCACCUCGUAACGGUGGACGCGCAAAAUGGAAGGCGGUCCCUCACAAGAACUCGGGUUGGACUUCCUACCGACCGCCGACGCGUGGUCAUGUGACCUGUGUCACGGAUGCCCG